AUGAAUAGUGUCAAUGUCAAGCGUCAGAAGCAGCGCAAAGUGCUCCUAAUGGGUAAGAGUGGGGCUGGCAAGUCGUCCAUGCGCAGUAUCGUCUUCAGCAACUACGUCGCAAAGGAUGUACGGCGGCUAGGUGCUACCAUUGAUGUAGAGCACUCCAAUAUCAAGUUCAUGGGUAAUCUGAUGCUCAAUCUUUGGGACUGUGGAGGCCAAGACGGCUUUGUCGAGAACUAUCUCAACCAGUCGCGCAAUCACGUCUUUGGCUCCGUUGCCGUCCUCAUCUUCGUCUUCGACAUCGAGUCCCGUGAGUUUGCCGGCGACGUGAUAUCCUAUGGUGCCAUUGUACGCGCUCUGCAUGAAUGCAGUCCAGGCGCCAAGGUCUUUUGUCUGAUUCACAAAAUGGACCUUGUGCAGGCUCGUCUACGCCAGACCAUGUUUGAUGAGCGGUCUGAAUAUAUCAGGGAUGCUAGUGAAGGCUUCAAGGACACGGUCGAGUUCUUCGCGACGAGUAUCUGGGAUCAGAGUCUGUACAAGGCCUGGACCAAGAUCAUUUACUAUUUGAUCCCAAACGCGGGCACAAUCGAGGCGCUGCUGGAACAGUUGGCUGAGGUCAUUGAUGCGAGAGAAUUGAUUUUGUAUGAGCGGACAACCUGUCUUACCGUGGCGCAUGUUACCAGGCAGACCGAGGAGCUCAAUCCCUUCACAGACAGAUUUGAGCGGAUUUCCAGUAUUCUCAAGACUCACAAGCAGAGCAUGGCCAAGCACACCAAUAUUCCCGCCGGCAGCGCCAACUUUGCCGAAAUGCAAAUCAAAACGGGCCGCUUCAUGUUCUUCAUCACACGCCUGACUGAAAAUACAAACCUCGCCGUCACGAUUCCGCCUUCCGAGCAAAUCUUCAACGCCGCACGCGUCAACAUCUUCCAAGUACGACCGAAAUUCGCUGAGCUCGACAUUGCAGCGAAACCGCGUCCACCAAUCCAACAAGCCUUUGCCGGCUCAGCAGACACAAGCGAUUCGACGGAGCGAAACAAGGGCAAGGAACCGAUGCACCAAAGCGCUGGAAUAUAG